AUGUCAACUACAGUAUUCUGCCCAAUUCCGGGUGCCGCACUUUCAGACCGAUCUGUAACCGGUGCCCGGGAUGAACCAGGAUAUGGUUGUGUUCCCUCAGGUUCCCAGGCAGAAACACUGGAUGAGGCCUUCCCCAGGAGCCAAUGGGAAGAAGCCAUUGAGAAAUUCUGGACCUUCACCACUGAUCUGGCCCAGUCCACCCAUGGCCUGCUGAAACAAAUUCAGACUGCUGAGCUGGACAAGCAUCUCGAGACCCUGAUCUCCGAGUGCAUGGCCGAGCUGAACGCAUCUGGAGCGGGCCUGCAAGCCCAGCUCGGUCCUUACACCGAACGCUUCAACGCUGACAUGGAGGAGCUUUCAAACCGCCUGCACAGUGACCUGUUGGCUAUUCGCUCCAACCUGCUGGUCUACCAGGAGGAGGCCAAACUGAUGGUGAAGCAGAAUGUGGAGGAUGUGCGUCAAACCCUGGCGCUGUACCUGCGCAAAUACCGCAAAAGGCUGAACCGGGACCAGGCUAGCAUCCGCGCUAAAUUCCACGAGUACGCUGAGGAGCUGAGAAACCGCAGAGAACGCACUCUCGACGACCUGAAAGCCAUGGCAGCUCCUUACAGCAACGCAGCAGAAAGCAAGGUGGUGCAACACUUCCAAAAAAUCCAACAGUCCCUGGCCCAGCAGGCCGAAGAUGUCAGGUCAAAGGCCGAGGCCCUGCAGGAACACAUGAGCAGCAAUGCCGAUGAUAUCCGCGAGGCCCUCCAGCACAAGAUGGAGAGAAUCAGCGCCUGGUUCAAGAAGGAGGCGCAGACCAUCUCCCAACGCUUCUCUGAAUUCUUCGAAUACCUCCAUCAGAAAAUGAAUCCAUCCCAAAGUCCCGAGGAAGGCCCAGAGGAGCCUUAAAGAUUCUCCCUUUCGUAAUCCUUCCAGCUCCCCUGCCCCCUCUCCCUCAUCUGCCAAACUCCCCGCUCGCCGCACUCACUGCGCACUCCCAGCUCACCGUGUUCUCCCUACUUACUCUGUCCUCCCUGUUCCCCCUCUCCCCAACUUCCCCUACUCUCCCCAACUUCUCCUACUCUCCCCAACUUCCCCCAUUCUCCCUGUUCCCAUUCUCCCCAACUUCCCCCACUCUCCCCAACUUCUCCUACUCUCUCCAACUUCUCCCAUUCUCCUGGUUCCCACUCUCCCCAACUUCCCCCACUCUCCCCAACUUCCCCCAUUCUCCCUACUCUCCCUACUCUCCCCACUCUCCCCGCUCUCCCCACUCAUUCUGUUCUCCCAACUCAGAGCCCACCCCUGUCUGUCCCAUUGUUCUGGCUGUCACUCCCAUGUUAUCCUCCCUGUACCACCUCACUUAGCCCCGAAUCGACCGGGAUGUGGCUUUGCUGAGGUCUCACCCCUGGGGUCUUUGGGUUUGUGGGUUCCUGCCCCUGAUUUAGUUAUGCUAUAGCCAGUCUAAUUCCAGACAGCCUGCUGCCUACAAACAGCUUCAUACCUCCCGAGUGGAACCUCCUCCCCCCACCCCAAAUCCUUUUUCUCUCUCUCUCCGUGUUAGCUACAUUGUAAACACGGUGUGAGAGGCGUAACCCAUCUUAUUGCACAUGACCCACAUUGUAAACCUUUCGGGACAAUUGCUUCCACGCUGCAGUGUGUUAAACAUCAUAAAAGUAAUGGAAACACUUCCGUCUCUGCCUUAUCCUCAGUGAGAUUUCUGUUUGCAUGUCUUUACAAUGCCAUAACUAAGAGUGAAACAUUUCUGACCAUACCUUGUAAACUGGGGAAAUCUAUCUGCAGCAUUAAUAACACAAAAACUAACUGAGGGGGGCCUCAAGCCUUUAAGCUGUAAAAUCAAGGUGGUCACCUGGGGGAAUGAGAUAACUUUUUACCAUGUGGGUUUUGUAUAUCGGUUCUGCGAAAUCUUGCUGUAAAGUUACUUCUUAGCGAGGGGGGGGGGGGGGGCCUGGCGGGAUCUCAAUGUCGUUUAAGCUCAUUUUAAUUAACUCAAAUUAAAAUAUCCCUCCCAGUG